AUGCAGGCGCCCAUGAUAUCAGUGCCUCUCAAGGCUACAAACGAGAUCGACUGGAUCCAGCCGCUGAAGCAGUAUAUCAGGCAGACCUAUGGGGAUGAUCCGGAGCGCUAUGCAGAAGAGUGCGCGACACUUAACCGUUUGCGGCAAGAUAUGAGAGGCGCGGGGAAGGACAGUGCUGCUGGAAGAGAUCUGCUCUACCGAUACUACGGGCAGCUUGAGUUGCUGGAUCUUAGAUUUCCCGUUGACGAAAACCAUAUUAAGAUCUCUUUUACCUGGUUCGACGCAUUUACACAUAAGCCGACCUCUCAGUACUCGUUAGCUUACGAGAAGGCUUCGAUUAUCUUCAAUAUAUCUGCUGUUCUAUCAUGCCACGCCGCACAUCAAACUCGUUCCGAGGAUUCGGGCCUCAAGACGGCGUAUCACUCUUUCCAAGCAUCCGCGGGCAUGUUCACAUAUAUCAACGAAAACUUUCUCCACGCUCCAUCUACCGACCUCAGCCGAGAUACUGUCAAGACGCUCAUACAAGUUAUGCUUGCUCAAGGGCAGGAGGUGUUCUUGGAAAAGCAAAUCGCAGAUGGGAAGAAAGUUGGCCUCCUUGCAAAGCUUGCUAGUCAGGCCGCUUACCUCUACUCUGGAGCUAUUGAGGGCACGCAAGAGAAUGUGAACAAAGCUAUCUUUGAGAAAGUCUGGCUUCUAGUUGUCCAGGUCAAAUCCAAUUAUAUGGCAUCAUUAGCGCAGUACUAUCAAGCUCUCGCCGACGACGACGCAAAUUCUCAUGGCAUAGCAAUCUCACGUUUGCAAGUUGCAGAAACCGCAGUCAAGGAAGCUAACAAGGUCGCCAGCAGCUUCCCUGGAAAUGCACCUGCAAACUCGAACCUAACCGCAGAAUCUGGAGCAAGUCUGGUUGAGAUUACCAAACGACACCUAACGAAUGUACAAGAAAAGCUAGUUGAGCUCGUCAAGGACAAUGAUUACAUUUACCACCAACCUGUGCCAGCAGAGGCUGGACUUGCGGUAAUACCGAAACUUCCUGCGGCCAAGGCAAUACCUGUCAGUGAACUAUAUGCUGGACAAGAUAUACAACGUAUCACUGGCCCGGACAUCUUCCAGAAGAUCGUUCCGAUGUCCGUCACAGAAUCGGCAAGCUUGUAUGACGAGGAAAAGGCCAAAUUAGUACGAGCAGAAACAGAGCGAGUGGAGACUGCCAACAGCGAGAUGGCUGCGAGUUUGGAUUACUUGAGACUACCUGGUGCCUUACAGGUUCUCAAGGGCGGCUUUGACCAGGAACUAACUGCAGAUGACGAGUUCCGGACUUGGUGUGAUGAUGUAGCGAAUAACGAGAGUCCUUUAUCUACUUUUGAGAUGUUGAAGUCGAGUAAAGAGGGUAUUGUGGCGACACUAGACAGGAGCAGUAAGCAACUAGACAUGGAGGAGAGUGUUUGUGAGAAGAUGCGGUCAAAAUACGAAGCAGACUGGACCCAGCAACCCAGUUCCAGAUUGACUUCGACUCUUCGAAGCGACGUUCGGAAUUAUCGGGAUGCUCUCGACGAGGCUGCACAGAGUGAUAAUCAGUUAUACCAAAAAAUGCGGCAACAUGAGGUCGAUUUCGAUGAGAUGCGGUCAGCUGGCGAGACUGGCGAGGCGGAUGUUCUUUUCCAGAAAGCUCUGAUACAAGUUGGUGGGAAAUCAAGGAAUAACGUCGGAAGCCCGAUUGGUGGUGAGGGCAAUCUGCUUGAUGACGACUUCCAGGACAGCGGUCCCAGCGUCAUGGACCAAGUUGCCAAAGUAGAAGAGAUUCUCAAGAAACUCAACAUGACCAAACGGGAGCGAGGCCAGGUGCUGAAGGACUUGAAGGAGAAGGUUCACAACGACGACAUUUCGCAAGUCCUCAUCCUUAACAAGAAGUCCAUCUCCAAUUAUGAAACCCAGCUAUUCCAAGCAGAGCUUGAAAAGUUUCGGCAGCACCAGAACAGGCUUCUUUCAGCAAAUCAUAAGCAGUCAUCACUUAUGAAAGAGCUCACAGCAACCUUCAAUGCUCUGUUACAAGAUAAGAGAGUCAGAGCAGAGCAAAGCAAGUACGAAUCUAUUACCCGGCAACGAUCCUCGGUGAUGUCGAAGUACAAGCGAAUAUACCAGGAAUUUGUAGAUCUCGUGGCCGGCCUUCAGAGCGCAAAACAAUGGUAUAGUGAGAUGAAAGACACCGUCGACAGCUUGGACAAGAAUGUUGAGACCUUUGUGAACAACCGGCGAUCUGAAGGAGCCCAGCUUCUUAGCCAGAUCGAGCAAGAUAGAGCAGCCAGCGCCAGUGGACAGGCUGACCGAGAACGGGAGCGCCUUCGAGGCCUCAUGGAGAGAAUGUCCAUGGAUCCAUCUACGUCCCCGUCAUCGCCAUCGGCUAAACAACCACGGGCACAAUCUGCUGCUUACACUGCCUCAUACCCAACGACCAACUUUGCUGGCCAGUAUCAGGUACCGACUUCACCUCAACAACAUCCCCAAUCUGCGCACCCUGCUUAUGCAUCCCCACAAAACGGUGCAUUCUUCCCAACGCAGCAACAGCAACAGCAACAGCAACAGCAACAGCAACAGCAACAGCAACAGCAACAGCAGCAGCAGCAGCAGCAAAAUCGACCAGAACCAUUUUCAAGUCAUAAACCAGCGCCAUUAGCUCCAGCGCAAAGUUACAAUCCCGGCACAUAUCCACCCGUCUCUCCUCCUCCAACCCAGACGUCAUUCUCGCAGAGCCAGAUUGGUUACAGCCGGCCAAUGCAACACACACCGAUCAACCAGCAAUUCGUACCUCAUGGUUAUGUGCCUCCACCACCCCCUCCUGGACCACCACCUCUUGGCCCUCAACAGACAUUCCCGCAAUCUGGUCCCACCCCGGCAGUUGGUCUUGGUGAAUACGGAUAUGGAAAUCCGGCUGCACAGCAAAGGGGUGGUCCGCAGCAAAGUUCGGGUGACCCUUGGGCUGGGCUUAACGCAUGGAAAUGA